AUGGACUCCCCCAUUGUGGCCCAGCUGUUCCGCCAGCUCUUCCGGCACCGUCCCCGGGGCUGCAAGGGAAACCUCCCCCGCCUGCCCAAUGGCAUCCGCCCCGGCCCCGGCCGCGCUGCACACCAGAGCCGGAUGUACGCCGCUGGCCGUCCCUCGAGCGAUCGCGGCAUGAAGAAGAACGAGAGUCGAUGGCAGCAGCGAACGCAUAUUCUACCUCAGGAUCGGUCCGCAGAGUUUUCAGAGUACCCGUACAUAUCGCUGGCCGAGCUCAAGCAGCGCAGGGAGAGGCCCCGCAAGGUCAAGAUGCUGCUCCGGGACUUUAUCGACGACAGCCUGUACAACCCCUCGUAUGGAUAUUUCUCCAAGCAGGCCGUUAUCUUCAGCCCUGGCGAGCCUUUUGACUUUGGCUCCAUGCGCGACGAGCUCGAGUUCCAGUCGGAGCUUGGACGACGAUAUACCGAGUUCGAAGACAUCCUCGAUGAUCGUGAGGGCGACAAUCCGACACGGCAGCUCUGGCAUACACCUACCGAGCUCUUUCGCCCCUACUAUGGCGAGGCCAUUGCCCGAUACCUCGUCUCAAACUACCGACUCACCACCUACCCCUACCACGAUCUCCUCAUCUACGAGAUGGGCGCCGGCCGCGGCACCCUCAUGCUCAACAUCCUUGACUACAUCCGCGAAGUCGACCCGCAGGUCUACGCCCGAACAAAGUUCAACAUCAUCGAGAUCUCGACCUCCCUUGCCGCUCUACAGAACCGGCACCUUCUCUCCACGGCGGCGUCCCGGGGCCACGCCGACAAGGUCGAGAUCGUCAACCGCUCCAUCUUUGACUGGGAUCAGUACGUGCCCUCGCCGUGCUUCUUCCUCGCUAUGGAGGUCUUUGACAACUUCUCCCACGACGGUAUCCGCUACGACGUCGCUACCGAGGAGCCUCUCCAGGGUCACGUCCUCAUUGAUGGUGAUGGCGACUUUUACGAGUUCUACGUCCAUGAGCUCGACCCUGUCGCUGCCCGUUACUUUCGUGUUCGUCAUGCUGCCACUGGCGGCGACUACCCGAAGCCGUAUCCGACCAACGCCGCCCUGCGAUACCUUUCCACAAAGGUCCCCUUCGCGGCCAACCUUUCUGACCCCGAGUUCAUCCCCACUCGCCUCAUGCAGUUCUUUGAUGUCCUGGAAAAGUACUUUCCCGCACAUCGGCUCGUCACCUCCGACUUUGACUGGCUCCCCCAAGCUGUCAAGGGUAUGAAUGCCCCCGUCGUCCAGACACGGUACAAGCGGCGUAUGGUGCCCGUCACGACGCCUCUGGUCCACCAGGGCUACUUUGACAUCCUCUUCCCCACCGACUUCCGGAUCACAGAGGCCAUCUACCGAGCCAUCACGGGGAAGCUCACUCGCGUUAUGUCUCAUGGCGACUUUAUGCGCAAGUGGGCGUAUGUCGAGGACACCGAGACUCGCAGCGGGGAGAACCCCUUAUUGUCGCAUUACCGCAAUGCCAGCGUUCUUGUGACUGUGUAA